AAAAAUCAAUGGAGGAAGAAGAAGCAGCGGCGAGAGAAGUGGUGAUGGAUAAGGAUGUGAAGAAGAAGAUCAAGGAAACAAUGAAGAAGAUCCUGAAACGUUCGAGCUUACUUGAGAUCACAGAGAUCAAGGCCCGAGAAGAAGCUUCCUCUGAGUUGGGUCUCGAUCUUUCCCGAGAUCCGUACAAGCUCAUCGUGAGAGAAGCCGUCGAUUGUUUCAUCGAGAAGGCGAUUACGAAGAUCGAGACUGAGAUGGGAAAGCUUCAUACUCAUACUUGGAUAUAAAAUCUUAGUUUUUGAAAUUCUAAUUGGU